AUGAGGUGUGACUUCUUGCUAUUAUCAUUAUUCGUCUGGUCCCUUCUCUGUGUGCCAACUCUUGGAUGGGGAGAUGUCGGCCACCGCACUGUUGCCUAUCUCGCCGAGCAGCAUCUCACCGAGCAGGGCAAAGACUUUCUCAAUGACCUCUUGCCUCGUACCCGGGAUUUUGAUAUCUCAGACGCUGCCACCUGGGCUGACACAAUCAAGCAUCGUGGACGCCCUGAGACUGGAGUUUGGCACUAUGUUGAUGUGAAGGAUGAUCCUUUGGGGAACCACUGCAAGAUAUCACCUCUCCCCCCGGUUUGCAAAAACAAAGGCUGCAUCAUCUCAGCAAUAAAGGAAAUGACCAAGCAAGUGAACGAUGAAAACUUCAAUCAAACAGAAGCUGUUAUGUUCUUGUUUCACUUCAUUGGGGACAUCCAUAUGCCCCUCCAUGUGGAAGAGUACCAAAAAGGAGGUAACCUGAUAAAAGUCUCUUUCGACGGUCGUCAAGGGAACCUUCACGGUAUUUGGGACACAGAUAUGCCACACAAGAUUAACGGCAUCAGGCACAAUAUCAAGCAUAACAAUGAAAAGCCGGCAUCCCUAAAGUGGGCCAAGCAUCUCCUCCAAAAGAACCAACACAGGCCGACAACCGCUGUGGAAUGUGCGGAUGUGACCAACCCUGACGUCUGUGUCAAGAAGUGGGCAAAGGAGGCCAAUCAUCUUAAUUGUGCUGUUGUUUUCAAGAGAGGACUUCCGUAUAUUGAGGGCACAGAUCUUGCGGAUGAGUACUAUGAUGAUGCUGCGCCGAUCAUUGCAGAACAGAUCUAUAAAGCGGGCGUGCGCCUGGCAGCCUGGAUCAAUGCCCUUGCAGAGCAGCGACACGAGAAAGAGGCCUUUGUCGUCCAAGGAGAUCGGAUGAGGGAUCUAUGA